GCAGAAUCUGCCUGUGGCUGCGGCGGUGGCGGUGGCUUUGGGGCGGCCGGUGGGAGCCUGCGGGCCGUUCUCGCGGGUCAUGUGACGAGAAAGGGCUCCUGUUGGACGCCGAGCCCCUCCAUCUGAGUUUCCGGAGCUGGCCCCGGCCAUGGGGUGCUGCUACAGCAGUGACAACGAGGACUCGGACCAGGAUCGAGAGGAACGAAAGCUACUUCUGGACCCCAGCAGUCCCCCAACCAAGACCCUAAAUGGAGCAGAACCCAACUACCACAGUCUGCCUGCAGUUGGAACAGAUGAGCAGGCCCUGCUGUCCUCUAUCCUUGCCAAGACAGCCAGCAACAUCAUUGAUGUAUCGGCAGCAGAUUCUCAGGGCAUGGAGCAGCAUGAAUACAUGGACCGAGCAAGACAAUAUAGUACUCGCCUGGCUGUCCUGAGCAGUAGCUUGACUUACUGGAAGAAGCUGCCACCACUGCCAUCACUCACCAGCCAACCCCACCAAGUGCUUGCCAGUGAUCUUGUCCCCUAUGCAGAUUUGCAGCAGGUUGCCAGAAUAUCUGCUUAUGCCUAUAGUGCACUUUCUCAGAUCCGGGUCGACGCAAAAGAAGAGUUGGUCGUGCAGUUUGGGGUCCCGUGAGGACAAUUUCUGGAGAUCUUUCCCUUGUUCCUGCCUCCCUUUUAUUUCCUGCUUGUACAGAAACCUAACUUACUACUAAUCAUGGAGAAACCACCACAGAAGUCCAGAGGUGUUUGGGGCCUCAUGUUGAUGCAUGAGUUCCCAAGAAGCCUUUGUGCCAUAUGGCCCUGGCUAAAUAUUUUGUGGGGAAGGGAGAGGAUCUAUGAUAAUUUUGCCACUGGGAGGGUGAGAGGGAGUGGGGAAUGAGGGGAGUGGGAAGAUAGGGAUUUGGAUAUGAACUGACUAUUUCAUGAUUGGGGGUAGUGGAUAGGAAGAAAUUUGGCUUCCUUGACAUCAUCCUUUUAUGUUGGGGCCUGAACUGAUUUUAAGGGACUAAGAACUAAAUUGGUUGUUUCUAUUUCUCACACCCAGUUUUUAUAUGUUUGAUCCUUUCAUUUUGUUUUGGUUUGCUACCUCUAUAAAGGACAUCUAACCAUC